UCUCUGUUCAAAGUUUCCUACAAACACAUGCAAACAAAAUAAAUGAAAGUGCAGUAGCAGUUACAAAAUUGAAGUAAAUAAAAAUGGGGAAAUUGUCAUUGGUAAUGGCGAAACUGUGACCUCGGCGGUGAAGUAAACAAAAGCGUACAACUUGGUUUAUUCUCUCUCUCUUCCAUUUUCCAAUCUCAAUCUCCUUUAUUCCUUUUAUAUUUCUUUCUUUCUUUCUUGCUUUCCAGUUUGGUUUUGUGAAAAAGAUAAAGAUUUGGUUAAAGUUUUUCUUUUUCAUUCAAUCAUUUCAUCAAACAGUUCAUCUACUACUUUGGAAAAAAAAAAAAAAAAAAAAAACCCCUUUUUCUCUCAGGUGUGUGUCUUUCUCUAUCAAUCUUUAUUGGGUUGUUGUUUUUUGGAUUGAGAUUGGUUUUUCUAAUGUUUACUGAAUUGGGUUUUUUGGAAAAAUUUGUUUCAUGAAAUUGAAGAAUAUGGAGCAAAAACAAUUGAAUUUCAACCAACCUAUUCUCUCUGUGAGGCGUGGCUCAUCACUAACUGCUCCACCUGAAAAUAAAAGGAAGGAUCUUGUUUCCCAUUCAAGUUUGCCUCCUCUUCCAUACUAUAAAUCAGAGCUGAAAUCAGGUCCAGUUAGAAAUCCUGGUGUUGUUCCUUUUAAGUGGGAGCAAAUGCCAGGAAGACCAAAGGAUGAAAACAAAUCACGAAAAGUUACUCUCAAAUGGCUGCCUCCUACUCCGAAAUUGCCACCAGGGAGGAUUGCAACUCAUUUGCAAAAAGAAACAGAUGAAGUCCAGAAAGAUUCACCUACUUCUGUUUCGAGGUACCAAGCAGAAAUCAGCGUUCCUCAUUCGUUGGAGACUUCUUCUCCAGACAAGGACCAGCUGGAUGUUAAAGGAUCAGAGAAGGAAGAAGAAGAGUAUAAUUCUAGCUUAGAAGACGAAAAUGUGACCUAUGUAGAUGCUCGAGAUACACUUUCUAGGACUGAGUCAUUCUAUAACUGCAGUGUUAGUGGAGUGAGUGGACUGGAUGGUCCAGAGUCAUCUGGAGCCUAUUCAGAUCCUCAGACGCAAGAAUUUAUGAUGGGUAGGUUUCUUCCUGCUGCAAAAGCUGUGGCUUCAGAAAUACCUCCAUUUGCUUCUAGAAAACACAAUGUAGCCAGAGAGCAGGAAAAACCAAUAACUAAAGUAGUAACAUUGAGAAAGCAGUUCCCAGAAUAUUACUCAACUCCGGACACCUUGGUUCAUAGGAUCAAUGGUGAAGAGAGAGAUGAGGAAGCAGACGAUGAGGAUGAAUCUGAUGGACCAGAGGACUUAUCAGUCAAACUUUGUGGUUUAUUGCCAAGAUUUUGUAUGUUGAAUCCUAUACCAGGAAUGAGAGAUCAUGUGGAAGUUAUUUCCUCGGUCCGAAGUGUACGCACAAGAUCUACAUAUGCAGGAGCAUUUAGAGAUGAUGAAAACAAGGUUGGGACUAAAAUUGAAAGAGGUGGAAUGAAAAGAACCAGUCACCAAUAUGCUCCUGUUCCCACAAAUGAAUCAUUAAUGAAUGUCCAUUUGGUUCGCAAAGGCAUGUUGCGGGAAAAGGUUGCAUCACCACAGAGAUUUCUUGAUAAAGAGAAGCACUUUCUUGGUCUGCCUGGAGAACCUAGAGAUCUCAGUGGCUAUAGGGUAAACUCGCCUAAAAAUGACUGCACAGAAUUGGAAUUUGCAGCACCUCCUAAAACCGAUAGAAUAUCUUGUCUUGUAAAUCCUGCAGAAGAAAAGACCUUGUAUGUAGAUUCUGAAAGAAUGGUAGAAUCUCGACAUUCAAACUCAAGCUCGUCAGAAUCCAGAGGAAGGAACCCUUCAGUUGACUAUUCACUGCAAGAUAUCUGUGCUGAUGAAAAAGCGAUGACCCAUUCUAAAAGUUCAGAUACCACUUAUUCUAGUGCAGUGUCUACUUCAGAGAAGUCUUGCCAGGAAAUUGAGGAAGACAUGAAAAGCUUGGAGAAAGUUGAGCAAAAUGUCAAUUUAACUAUUGUUAAACAGCCAUCCAAACCAGAUGUUAAAAGCACAAAGCAUUCUAAAAAUUGCAGCUCUGCACUUGCUCUGACACCAUUACUACCAAAGUCUCCAUCUGAAUCUUGGCUCUCUCGUACUUUGCCUUCUAUGUCAUCAAGAAAUCCUUCUUCCAAGUCAUAUUUAGCAAAUCAUGCUUUCAGAGCAUCACCUAUGGAUCCUAAGAGGGAGAGACUGCUGAAGGCCUCUAAUCUGCAUGAUAUGUUGUUCCGGUCUGCAGGGGAACUCGCACCAAUAUUGGAAAACUAGAGACUAUUGGAAAGCAACUUUUUGAAGGCAGAAUGGUUUGUGUCAUUUACUAUUCCCAAAAAUUGUAUAGUUUUAUCAGCAAGUUCAAACAAUUCAAAUUACUAAUUCAAUCGAAAAAUAUAUAAUAGAUAGGUGCCAUUCUUUACUGUAAUUAGAGCAUAUAGCUGGUUUCUUUGUAUUCUGUUCUGCAGUCAUCUGUUUGUCUACUGAUUUGUUGCAACUUUUAAAUGUAAAGGAAAUUGGGAGUUAUUUUUGCAAAAGAGAGCAUUGUAUAUA